AUGUCUUCUGAUUCAUUUCGUGUUGAAAAAGAUACUUUUGGUGAACUUAAAGUUCCAUCAGAUAAGUAUUAUGGAGCUCAAACUGCUAGAUCGAUUAUGAAUUUUAAAAUUGGUGGUCCUGAAGAAAGAAUGCCACUUCCAGUUGUACAUGCUUUUGGAUAUCUUAAAAAGGCUGCUGCUAUUGUUAAUACACAAUAUGGUUUAGAUAAACAAGUCAGUGAUGCUAUUGUUAAAGCUGCUGAUGAAGUUAUUGCUGGAAAACUUGACGACCACUUUCCUCUUGUUGUUUGGCAAACUGGUUCUGGAACACAAUCUAACAUGAAUGUUAAUGAAGUCAUUUCUAAUAGAGCUAUAGAACUUCUUGGAGGACAACUUGGUUCUAAAACACCAGUUCAUCCAAAUGACCAUGUUAAUAAAUCACAAUCUUCUAAUGAUACUUUUCCAACUGCUAUGCAUAUUGCUGUAGCUCUUGAAAUUAACAAUCGUCUUUUACCAUCAUUAAAUACUUUAAGACAUUCCCUUGCUGCUAAAGCUAAAGAAUUUGAGAAGAUUAUUAAGAUUGGACGUACUCAUACACAAGAUGCUGUACCACUUACUCUUGGGCAAGAAUUUUCUGCUUAUGUUACACAAAUUGAAAAUGGUAUUGUACGUAUUCAAUCAACACUUCCACAUUUAUAUCAAUUAGCUGCUGGAGGUACAGCUGUUGGAACAGGACUUAACACUAGAAUAGGAUUUGCUGAGAAAGUUGCUGAGACUGUUAAGAGUCUUACUGGACUUCCAUUUGUUACUGCUCCAAAUAAGUUUGAAGCUCUUGCAGCACAUGAUACAAUGGUUGAAGUUCAUGGUGCUCUUAAUGUUAUAGCUACAUCUUUAAUGAAAAUUGCUAAUGACAUUCGUUUCCUAGGUUCUGGACCACGUUGUGGAUUAGGAGAACUUUCUCUUCCAGAAAAUGAACCUGGUAGUUCUAUUAUGCCAGGAAAAGUUAAUCCAACUCAAUGUGAAUCACUUACAAUGAUUGCAGCUCAAGUUUUUGGUAAUCAAGUUGCUGUAACUGUUGGAGGAUCAAAUGGACAUUUUGAAUUAAAUGUAUUUAAACCAAUGAUUGUUAAAAAUGUUCUUCAAUCUAUUCGUCUUAUAGCUGAUGGUUGUGUUUCAUUCUCAAAGAACUGUGUUGAUGGCAUUAAAGCAAACGAAGCUAACAUAAAAAAAAUUCUUAAUGAAUCCCUUAUGCUUGUCACAGCUCUCAAUCCACACAUUGGUUAUGACAAUGCUGCUAAAAUAGCUAAAACAGCUCACAAGAAUGGCACUACACUUAAGGAGGAAGCUGUUAAACUUGGAAUUCUUACUGAAGAACAAUUUGACAAAUGGGUUAGACCAGAGGAUAUGCUUGCACCAAAAUAA